GUAUAUAGAUGUUAGUGUAUUUUAAUAUAUACGUGGUGAUUUGUUUAACGCUGCAUUAUUGUGACAACAAAUAUUAUCUCCAGAGGGAAACCAGCUGGCGCGCAACUGCUACGCACAAAUAAUUAUCUGCACUCACAUCAGGAAGCCGCUGGCAUGUGGCGAGUACUAUGUAAACCAUGGUGGUCCUCCUGCAUGCUGUCCUGCACCCAAAAAAGAGCGCCUUCACCAUGGCCCCGCCCAAGCUGACGCUCCCCCUCCUCCUCCUCUCCCUCCUGGCGCUGAUGACGUCGUCCGCCGCCGCCGUCGCAGACGACGGCGACGGCCUCACGCACAUCCACCUCUACGUGCACGAGACGUACACGGGCCCGAACGCCACGGCGGCCGCCGUGCUGCAGUCCCCGCUCGGCGCCAACUCGUCGUUCGGGAGCAUCGGGGUGGUGGACGACGAGCUGCGCGCGGGGCCGGACCGCGCGUCCCCGCUCCUCGGCCGGUACCAGGCCGUUUUUUUCGGCACGAGCCUGCAGGUGGGCGCGGGGUACCUGUCCUCCGUGACGCUCGUGUUCACCGCCGGCGAUUACGCCGGGAGCACGCUCUCGUUGCAGGGCCCCGUGCUCGGGUUCGCGGGCACCAUCGAGCGCGCCAUCGUCGGCGGCACCGGCAGGUUCAGGCUCGCUCGCGGGUACAUGCUCUUCAAGAUGAUCAGCAAGCCCACGCCGGAGACGGACGUCAACGAGGUCCACCUUUUCGUGCUCAUGCACCAUGGCAAGUACUAGCAAGCAACUUAUUUGUGGAGAAUUAGAGAACAGCACGCACCUUUGGAUUGUGGGGUGACUUUCACAUGUAUAGCCAGGAAGGCUUGAUGUACAAGUAAACAUAAAAACAACACAAUAGAUGGCUAUACAUAUUCUAAUACCCAUCCGCAGACGCAGUGGGAGGCUCA